AUGACUGUUUUUCCUUUUCAUAUUGUUGACGAUCAAUCCUUUCCAUAUGAUUCAAUCACUUAUCCUGGACUGAGCGGUAGAGGAGCAUUCGAUCUAAAUCAUAUCUAUUCCCAAGCUGACAUCACUGAAUUACUUGAAUUCGCUCGACAACGCGGUAUUCGAGUUUUUAUUGAAUUCGAUUCACCAGCUCACAGUCGAUCAUGGGGUCGUGCAUAUGACAUACUGACCAAAUGUUAUAGUGGAGAACAGCCGAAUCAUAAACAGGGACCUAUGGAUCCCAGUCGAAAUACGACAUUUGAAUUUCUUAAAAACUUUUUCUAUGAAGUCGCUCAGAUUUUUCCCGAUCGUUAUGUUCACUUGGGCGCCGAUGAAGUCUAUUUUGAUUGUUGGUAUUUGAACUAUAUUUCAUAUGGUGAAGAUUGGCACAAAUAUUAUAUGUGUGAUCCACUUAAUUUUACAGGAACCGAAGAGCAAAAGAAAUUGGUCAUGGGUGGUGAAGCUUAAUUUGUCGAUUCGACCAACGUUAUAUCAACGACAUGGCCUCGAGCAUCAGCAGCUGCCGAACGUUUGUGGUCGUCGGCAGAUGUGAAUGAUGUAAAAGAAGCAAUUCCUCGACUUGAAGAACAUCGCUGCCGGUAUUUACGACGAGGAAUUCCGGCUGCACCAGUCAAUGGACCCAGCUACUGUCGAACUGAAUAUAAUGACUGA